GUUUUACCUUUUGUUUCCCAUUGUCGCAACCCAAAUUUAAUCUUCUCUCUAGAAACUACGGGCUUUUGUAUCGUAACCUUGUUGCCAUUGCAGAGAGCAGAAAACCAUGAAUUCUCAAAAUGGCUACGACACUCAUCAACAACAACCGCAACCUACCGAUGAAAAUGUUUCAGAAGUUGGAUGGUACGUUCUCGGCGAGAAUCAACAACAAAUCGGUCCUUACGUCUUCUCAGAGGUGCGCGAGCAUUUCUUAAAUGGAUACUUGUCCGAAAGCACACUUUUAUGGUCUGAAGGUAAAACUGAGUGGCAACCUUUGUCUUCAAUUUCUGAGCUGUGGGAUGAAAUUGAUCGGCUUCGAAUUCGACCUGAUUCUUCUUCGACUGCGGUGUCUGCUGAUGUUGAUGAUGUUGAUGAGUUUGAGAAAUGGCAAAAGGAGAUUAAGGAGGCAGAGGCACAAGUGGAAGGUUCAGAAUUAGGGUCCUUUUCUGGGGAUGUUGUUGUUGGGGGAGUAGCAGAGGAAGACUCUGAGAGACCUUCUACACCGCCUGAUGGUGAAGAGGAAUUUACCGAUGAUGAUGGGACUAUAUAUAAGUGGGACAGGAAUAUUAGGGCUUGGGUUCCGCAGGAGGAGUGUACGCCUGCUAGUGCUUUGCCUUAUGGGGUUGAAGAGAUGACCUUCCUGAAAGAAGAGGAAGUUUUUCCGACAGUACCUGACUCCGAUACCUCUAAAAUUGUUGAAGAUAGUUCAGAAUUGAAUGUUUCUGCAACUGCCUUAAAGGAAGAAAGCAAAGAAGAAAGUACUGAUAUGGUAGCUGAUAGAAAGAGGAAGCUUUCAGAUAAACCAGAAGAAAAGAAGGAAGCUAAUAAACCUCCUGACAGUUGGUUUGAAUUAAAGAUCAAUACACAUGUUUAUGUCACUGGGUUGCCCGAGGAUGUCACUGUUGAUGAAGUUGUGGAAACAUUUUCCAAGUAUGGAAUUAUAAAAGAGGACCCAGAAACCAAAAGACCUCGUGUUAAGCUUUAUGUUGAUAAAGGGACAGGAAGGAAAAAGGGUGACGCUCUGGUUACAUAUCUUAAGGAACCAUCGGUGGCUCUAGCAAUCCAAAUUUUGGAUGGUGCGCCUUUUCGGCCUGGCGAUAAGACUCCGAUGUCUGUCUCUCUGGCUAAAUUCGAGCAGAAAGGAGAGAAGUUUGUAUCCAAGCAAGUAGACAAUAAAAAGAAAAAGAGAACGAAAAAGUUGGAAGAUAAAAUGCUUGGAUGGGGUGGUCGUGAUGAUGCAAAAAUUUCUAUUCCAACAACUGUUGUCCUUCGCUAUAUGUUCACUCCUGCCGAGAUGAGGGCUGAUGAAAAUUUGCGCAUAGAACUCGAAGAAGAUGUUAAAGAGGAAUGCACGAAGCUUGGACCUUUAGACGCAGUCAAGGUAUGCGAGAAUCAUCCUCAGGGUGUUGUUUUAGUUAAAUUCAAGGAUAGGAAGGGGGCUCAGGCGUGCAUAGAGUUGAUGAAUGGAAGAUGGUUUGGUGGCAAACAGGUACAUGCCAGUGAAGAUGAUGGGUUAAUAAACCAUGCCACAGUCCGAGAUCUGGAUGAAGAUGCCAAGCGAUUGGAGCAAUUUGGUGAGGAACUUGAAGGUGAAUAAGUUGAUGAGAAUAGUAUUGAACCAGAUUCGCAGUUCCUAAUUAGUCCAGGCCUUAAAAUAUUGCAAGAACAGCUCGUGGAUUACUAUGUCAAUGUCACCACAUUUUGCCAUUUUGCAAUGAUAUAUUAGUUCUCCUUGUAUCAUUGUAAAAGAAAAAAGAAAUUAGAGAAGGAAAGAACUUUACUAAUUUGGCCUUUACAUAUUACUUGGAAAAUUGUGACAUCGUCACUUGCAGCAUCGAAAUCAUAUGCAUAUUGUGAUCCAGGACAAUGUAGUUAGAUUUGAACUGUUUGUCCCGUGGAAGUGUUAAUGGAUAGACCACUCCAGUGAAAGUUGAAAGUUAGAAAUAGAACAUUAGUUUAUUUAGUAUGAGCAGUUUUAGCUGUUGGGUUCACAUUAAUUUCUACAAAAAUGCAAAUGAAGACUCAUUAUUUUAUA